AUGGCAGGCAACGGAAUCCAAUACACCCCUCCUCCUUCGCCGCCCUCGCCCACGGCGUCGUACUACGACGUCAGUGACGAUGAGGAGGAUGAAUACAACACCAUUUCUCACUCCACCUCACGCAGAGGAGUCAAACUCUUAUUCUCCAAGAGCAAGGUCUACGUCCAUCCAACUCCUUCCUCGAAAGAUAACAUCCCCGGAUUUAUUGCCCUCGUCCAACAAAAGCCCCUCCCCCCUCUUAGAGAGACCACUUCCGGAAACUCCUCAUCAGACCUCUCUUCCUACCUGCUAGCAUGGGUGCCCGAAUCUUCCCUGGGUGAUGCAUACAGUACCUAUGUCAAAGUCGAUCUAUCCGACGGUUCUUCCCCUCCGCGACAGAAAUACCUGGUCCCCGCUCUUCCGACGACAACGACCUAUAAGGACCCGAUCGGCCUCUACGCAUUUGCGGUUCCUCUGUCUGAAAUAUAUUCACUCCUUGUACGACCUCCAAGUCUAGGCUGGUGGUUUGGAAGUCUUGUGAUCAACACCCGCGCAGGCGACAGUUUCCCCGCGCUGUUCUUCCAUGACACGGAGUGCGAGUCAACAAUCCUGCAGAAGAAAAAGCGAACCAGGGAAAGCUUCGAUCCAUUUGGCGAGGACGGAAAUGUCUUCUGGGGCGGGGAUGAGGUUCUGCGAUGGCUUCGGAAAUACGCUGAGGUCCAGCGCUCGGCCGUGGACAAUAGUGUAUAUCUGAUUAACCCAUCGGAUGAAGACCGCAUAUCAUUUGGACGACCUUUAACUGCAGAUGGCUCAACUGUCAAGGCUCAAGAUGAACCGGCUGCCGUUGCUCAGGCCAGCGGAAGCGGCCAACGCGAUGCGGGGAUGGACCCCUUCGUGAAAGCGCUGAAGGAGACGAGGUGGAAGGUCCUUGAGCAGCUGAGCAAGAUCACAACCUUCACAAGGCGUACCGCCAAUGAGUUAGCUGACAACCCUCGGAUACCCCCACAAGUCCGCCGUCUGAUGAGGACACCUGAAAUUCAGACUUUACAGGACGAGUUCGAUAGCGCUAGGCUAUACUUAGCACGGUGGGCCAUGAGCAUAUCAGAGCAAAGUGAACGCGAAAGAAACCAACGGAUAUACACUGCCCAAGAUGUCCUUAGCAUGGAGAACAGUUCUGUUGGAGAUUUCGAGAUCCUUGACCUCGAGACAGGUACCAUGUCUAUCCAGGACCGUCGGAAGACACUCACUCUGAAAGAAUGGGAGGGCUUCUUUGACCCGACUACUGGAAGACUGCAUGUAACCGUUGACGAAGUUAAGGAAAGGAUAUUCCAUGGUGGAUUAGAUCCGAAUGAUGGUGUUAGGAAAGAAGCAUGGCUCUACCUUCUAGGCGUAUAUCCGUGGGAUAGCAGCCACGAGGAGCGACAAGCGUUGAUGAACUCGAAGCGGGAUGAGUACAUCCGGCUUAAAGGCGCCUGGUGGGAACGGAUGAUUGAAGGCACUUCUUCGGCGGAAGAGUUUGAUUGGUGGAAAGAGCAGAGAAAUAGAAUAGAAAAGGAUGUUCAUCGCACAGACCGUACGAUACCCCUGUUUGCUGGAGAAGACAUUCCCCACCCGGACCCAGAUUCGCCUUUUGCGGAUACUGGCACAAAUGUGCAUCUUGAGCAGAUGAAGGAUAUGUUGCUCACAUACAACGAAUACAACCCGGACCUGGGCUAUGUGCAAGGCAUGAGUGAUCUUCUAGCCCCGAUUUAUGCUGUCAUGCAGGAUGACGCAGUGGCAUUUUGGGCAUUUGUUGGUUUCAUGGACAGAAUGGAGCGGAACUUCCUCCGCGACCAAUCUGGCAUGCGUGUACAACUUCUCACUCUAGACCACCUCGUUCAACUCAUGGAUCCUCAACUCUACCUCCACCUCCAAUCCGCCGACAGCACGAACUUUUUCUUCUUCUUCCGGAUGCUCCUGGUCUGGUACAAGCGCGAAUUCGAAUGGCCAGACGUCUUACGUCUCUGGGAAACCCUAUGGACCGAUUACCUGUCCAGCAGCUUCCACUUGUUCAUCGCACUUGCAAUCCUCGAAAAACACCGGGAUGUCAUAAUGGACCACCUGAAGCAGUUCGACGAAGUCUUGAAGUACAUCAACGAACUCUCCAACACAAUGGAACUCAUCCCCAUCCUCACACGCGCCGAAUCCCUAUUCCACCGCUUCGAACGAGCCGUCCAGGCCAUCGACAAGAAAAACAACUUCCCUGCACCUGCCGCCCACCAACGCAAGCCCACACAAGACUCCUCCGCCAGCACAAACAGCAAAGGCAAAUCGCCCCAACGACCCCAAAGCACCGCCUUCAGCAGCGGUGUCAGUGCCGGCCCUAGCUCAGCACCGGACAGUGAAGGAGAAACGAAAGUCGUCUCCCCGGAACUGAGGGAACUGUUUCACAAGGACAUCCCAUGGGCACGUAAAUCGCCCCCGAAACAGCAGCAGCAGCAGGAAGAACCUGCAAAGGGAGAGUCGUCAUAG